AUGUCGAUGAGCAAUACUUCCCCUCCAGAUGGCUCUGAACCAGACAGGCCUUCUUCGAGCGACAGCACCGUCGUGGCUUCUCCAUCUAGCUGGAAGGAAUCGCCGACGCCGGUCGAGGAAUCGGGAAAGCCGAAUGUCAAGCACCCUUACCUCGACGUCCCUUCCUUUCGUCCUUCCAUUGACAGCACAUAUUCAGCAUUCACCGAACUGUCGGUCUCGUCGAACGAACUACCUAGCCAACACCCUCUGGUGCAAGGUAUAUCCCACGAUGUCGCUAUCUCACGCCAGAAUCACCGGCCUACGGCAUCCCGCUUCCGGGCGGCGUGGGACUCGUUCAUCGAGACGAACUACGGUGCAAUUCUAGUCUUAGCUUCACAGGGCUUUGGCACCGGAAUGAAUAUCAGUACUCGACUGCUCGAAACACCGGGUCCUCAUGGCGAACCAAUGCACCCGUUUCAGAUCCUCUUCGUUCGACAAUCCAUUACCGCGAUCAUCUGCACAGUCUAUGGCAUGUCCACCAAGAGAAUACCCGACUUUCCGUGGGGCCAACGCGGCAUCCGCUGGCUCCUUGUCCUCAGAGGCGUCACGGGCUUCCUCGGAGUGUUCGGCCUGUAUUUCAGUCUGCUGUAUCUGCCGCUCAGUGAGGCGACAGUGCUGGGUUUCCUGACUCCGAUCCUGACCUGCUAUCUCUGCAGCUUUAUCAUCCCUGGUGAGACCUUCACCGGACAGCAGCAAUUGGCGGGUUUCGUCAGUCUCUUCGGUGUCUUCUUCAUUGCUCGACCAGCGUCUCUAUUUUCGCAAUCUGCCUCGUCAACACAGCCUUCAGACGCAACAAUGUCUCCUCCCUCAAACUCGACCGUGGGUGCAGACGGCUCUCAACACAUUACUUCAGAGCAGCACCUGGCGGCCGUCGGGCUUGCAAUGCUUGGCGUCGUUGGCGGCACUGGCGCCCUGACAUCAAUCCGUGUGAUAGGGGAACGAGUCCAUGCGUUCAUCAGCAUUAAUUACUUCAGCUGGUGGUGCAGUAUUGUUUCGCUCUCGUGCCUGGUUAUCUUCAAAGAUGUCAAGUUCCGGCUACCGGGAAACGGUACUGAGUGGGGCCUACUCGCUAUGCUCGGCUGUUGUGGUUUCGUCAUGCAAUUUUUACUCACGGCUGGCCUGGCAUACGGUGGCCGUGGUGACGACGCAGCCCAAAAGCAACCGGGCCAUAGGAUUGGGGAUCUCGAAGGCGACGGGCCUCCUCAUCUCGGACGUAGCGGUCGGAGGACACCGAAACCGAGAGCAUCAGGCACUCGGGCCACGGCCAUGUGCUACACGCAGAUGCUCUUCGCGCUGGCUGCUGACAAGUUCAUUUUCGGCAUCAGCCCGGACACGAUGAGCUGGAUAGGUAGCGUACUGAUCCUCGCUGGCGCCGUGUGGGUAGCUGCCGCGAGGGACACGGCUGCGAAGCAUAAGAAGGACCAGGCUGGCAAUGGUAGCGAGAGCCACCAUUCGGCUUUUGGAAUGUUAAGAAGAAAAGAAACUUCAGGGCCCGAGGCUAGUCAUGAAGAGGCUGUAGGAUUGAUGAACAGUCACAACGAUGGAAACGAUAUUUAUGACGAACACGACAAUGAUGCGGCCGAAGUUGGACGACGAGAUGACCGACACAGAAAAGGAGUUGAGGGCGUGGAGAUGCAUGAACUACGACCAACAACGAGCAGACUGAGCUGA